CACUCCGAUUUAAAAUUAUUGGGAAGUGAUUGGUUGCUAAAGGAAAAGAUGUUUGACUCUGUUAUGGUCUGUUAAAUGCUGCUUCUCGACAGGCCAGAGCUCCCUGUUGCAGCUAUAACAAAUGUCAGGGAAGAAACAUGGACUGGCAGGGACAUGAGAAGUCACAGCUACUUAACCUUGAAAUACUUGGUAAAAUUGUGGUUGUGUUCCUCUUCUUUCAUAUCAGCAGUUCAGUUGGAACUAGUAAGGCCGCUUGCACGAACAAAGACUGCCUGUGUGAUCUGGAUCCUGAGAAACAGAACAUCUGUGACCAGAUGAUACAAGAUGCACCUUCCUUUGGUACUGUGCACAGCUCUGCUGAUAGGAAGUGGCAGUGCUCAGGAUGAUGAUUGGAUUGACCCCACAGAUAUGCUCAAUUACGAUGCAGCUUCAAUGAGCAUGCGAAGACCUAACAAGGUAAACGAUGAUGAGUCUGAGACCAAAAAGACAGUGAAUACUGAUGAGAGCACUGGAAGCCAAGAGGACUCGCAGGUUUGUCAAAGAACAGUGGAAUCCCUAAUGCAGCAGAUUGAGAACUAUAAGAAGAAGGAGAAGACCAACUCGUAUGAAAGCAGCAGCAUUCAUAUUUUUAGGCGUUACUUGAAUAAAAUUCUAAAUGAAAUUAGAAAACUUGGUUUUCCUAAUGAAAAUACUGGUAGCAUGCAUUAUGAUUCUGAGAUCGUCCUUACAAAACAAACUCUUUUAGAGAUCGAAAAGUUUCUCAAUGAGGAGGACUUGCAACCUGCUGCUUUGGAUGAUGCCCUUAAUGAUAUGCAAACUAAUUUUAAGCAUCAUGAUUAUGAGGCUUGGAAAUGGAGGUUUGAGGAUGCGUUUGGAGUUUGUCCAUAUGAUAUCUUUAUGGGACUCUUGUGUUUAGUGUGCAUUGUUGUAAUCAUAGCUACUGAGUUAUGGACAAGAAUUUCCUGGCUUACUCAGAUAAAACGCGUGUUCUUAAUUUGUUUUCUUAUCAGUUUUGGAUGGAACUGGGUUUACUUGUAUAAGGUGGCCUUUGCACAGCAUCAAGCAGAAGUAGUUAAAAUGGAGAAGUUUGACAAUGUGUGUGCUGAGAAGAUCAGCUGGAGUGGGAAUCUGUUUGAAUGGUUUAGAAGUUCAUGGACAUUCCAGGAUGAUCCCUGUCAGAAGUAUUAUGAACUUAUAUUAGUGAAUCCUAUUUGGCUGGUUCCUCCAACAAAGGCAUUGGCUGUUACAUUCACCAAUUUUGUAACAGAGCCAUUGAAGCACGUAGGACAAGGAAUUGGCGAAUUCAUUAAAGGGCUUAUGAAGGAGAUACCAAUAUUGCUACAGGUUCCAGUGUUAAUCAUCAUGGCUGCGGCUGUUCUGGGUUUCUGCUAUUUUGCAGGAAGAUCUAUUAAUAUAUUCAGACCUUUAACAAGUCCUGAGAGGGAACCGCAGUCUUCACUUCCUCCAAGUGACAGACAGAAGGGGGAACCAAAAGAGUAUGUGCAAUAUAUCUGUGCAGGUGAUUCAAAUAUCCGUCAUAGGAUGAAUGCUGGACACAUCGAUGUAAGAACUUACGAGAGAGGAGAUGGUCUGAGAGACAGAGAAGGUCACAUGAGACCACCAAAUGGCAAAAAAACCUCUGAAGUUCUUCAAGCAGGUGAUAUGCCAGACACACAAAUAGAAGAGCACACCAAGAUGGCAACCAAUAAUGGAUCGCAUGCUUCUUCUGAAGAACAGGCUGUUUAUAGUGUGAAAAGGAGCAAAGAUGAAAGCCAUGAAGGAGAAGUUGCACCUGAACAGCAGAAACUGUGCACACCUGGAGAUUUACAAGAAUCUGAAGCAAAGUGUGGAACUGAAACACAUUGUAGUCCUGAAGAGAGCAAUGUCAAUGUGUAAGACUGUUGAUGCAACAGGAGAAUUUAAAAAAGGAAAGAGCAGUUUGUGUGAAGGAAAGGAAGGCACAGAUAAGACUGAGUUAAUCUUUUGGAUGUGCUGCAAGUUUUGUUUAAAUCCUGGUUUUCAAAAGGCUUUGCUUUUGUCAGACUUUGUUUUUAAUAUUUAUUCAUUUAUAGGAACUGAGUAAAAUAUGAUUGCUGACCUCA